AUGUUGUCCGUACGGUGGUUGUUGGUGGCGCUUGUAAUUGUGAGGACUAGCGCAAUAUGUCCUCACUCUAUUGCAGGGCUAAAGAAAUGGUCAGAGUCAUCUACUUGGCAAGAUGGUAUCCCAGAGGAAGGUGAGGACGUUACAAUAAGCACUCCUAUUUUACUGGAUGAAAGUCCUGGAGUAGAUUUGAAUAGCAUAACGAUAGUAUCAGGCGGCCAGCUGGUGUUUGCUCCAGACAGCGACUUAGUUCUGCGGACAUGUUACAUUCAUAUUGAUGGAGGACGCCUAGACAUAGGAUCCGAGACUUGUCGCUAUACAGGCAAUGCGAAGAUUCAACUUCUCGGGAACGUAAAUGAUACCUAUACAGUCCCAGGAUUUGGACGGAAGUUUAUUGGAGUCAAUUUCGACGGAACGUUGGAAAUACAUGGAACGGAGAAACUACCAUGGACAAAAAUAUCAAGCACGCUGGAAAAACUGGGAGAAGACGCUUUCACGUCUAGAGAUGUGAUAAACAAGGAAGACAAUAUCAAGGGCCUGAUUGUUAAAUCUUAUGAUCCGGCGACAGGAACAGAGGAUAGAAAUCAAGGUGUCUUUCAUCUAGGCUCAUCUAACGAGAAGAGCGUGACAAAGGCAACCGAUGCGUUCAUCACUUAUGUUGACGGUAUACCGGAUGGGAACAUAGUGGCCAUUGCUGUACGCAAAUUUAUCGUGGACAGGGAAAAUGCCGUGGACAGAUCACGAUUUUAUGACGCUCUGGAGACGCUUGGUUACGGAAAUGUGACAGGAGAAAGUAAAAUAAGGGAUUUAGUGUUUUAUGAUGGAUUCGCCAUGAUCUUGACGAAAGGUGACCCAACAAAGACUGUAGAGGGAUUUGAGCCUUACAAAGUAGGAGGUAUUCACCAGACGUCUACAGCGUCAUACAUUUCUGAAGAAUCAAACCUGAAAUACUUCGUAUUCAGCUACACCAGAUCUAGAGGGUUCGGCAAAUCAUUUGUCGAAUUCCAGGUCACACACGUUGCACAAUCGUGUCCCAUCAUUGAUGUCAUUGAUGACGUCACGUCAUGGAAAUCAGGUGACCGUGUCAUCGUCACAUCUACUGAUUAUGACUGGGAACAAGUGGAAGUUGGCAAAGUGAUGGACUGUGACGAGUGUGAUAGUAAACAGGUCAAGAUCGACCUAUCUCCGAAAUUCACCCAUUACGGAAAAAUCUACAAGAAUGUUGACAUGCGAGCUGAAGUUGCUGUUCUUACCAGGAAUGUGGUUAUCGAAGGUAUGAUGGUGGAUUUUGCAGACGAAUUUGGCGGCCAUAUAAAGGCUCUCAAGGGAUUCAAGAACUUCCACAUUGAGUACGCGGAACUUGUUCAUAUGGGACAAUCUGCAUCCAAAGGUAACUAUCCAAUACACUGGCAUCUCUGUGAGGAUGUCCGUGACCCAGAUGAUUACCCCUCCCCUACAUAUGCACGAGGAAACGCAAUCCACCAAACGUACGCAAGAUGUGUUACUGUUCAUGGUACACAUGGUGCUAAGGUGAUGGAUAAUGUCUGUUUCGACAGCAUCGGUCACGGCUUCUUUCUGGAAGACGGAGGCGAGAAAUGGACAACUAUUACCGGUAAUCUUGGUGCCGGUCAAUUGUUCGGCGAGCUUAUAGACACUGACAACAUGAAACCCACUACUUUCUGGAUUACUAACCCCCUGACCGUGCUAGAGAAUAACGUAGCGGCCGGUGGACAAGGAAUAGGUAUAUGGUACGUUUUUCCUGAGGAGCCCAUGGGACCAUCAACGAAAAAGAAUUACAUGCAAUAUGGGGAAGCCCAGCAAACAGCAAUCACCAAGUUUGAUAAUAACGUCGCACACUCUAAUAGGCUUGACGGUUUGAGAUUUGACGAUAGAUUGGAUGAGAACGGGACUGUUAUGCAUAACAACCAGUAUACACCAUUGGUGACUCCCCUGGACAUCGAUUCCGAGGAACAACUAGUAGAAUUUAGCAGAAUAACAGCAUAUAAGAACAGCAGGAAUAACGCUUUGUUGAGAGGAGGAUACAUCCAAGUAAAAGAUUCCUCAUAUACCGCUGGACAGUCGGUGGUAAACUCGGUGUUUGUAGGAGAUUCUGACAACAAAGGGGAACCUGUAGGACUACUUGACAGGUCGCUUCCAAAUCUGGAUCAACCGGACGCACCUCGUUUGGGUUUGGUGAUCGGAGGUGGACCGCUUCUAGCUGAUGACUUGUGGUUUGGAGACUAUCGAAAUAACGCGCCCUAUCCAGUAGGCGCAGUAUCCUUCACACGUAAUCCAUUUCAGUUCAGGUCCUCUCAGAACACUUUACGAAAUGUUGGCUUCGGAUUCGAUGACGAUUCUGAAGGAAAUAGAAUCCUUCAAACGGAGUCAAUCACACAGGAGACCGAAGACAGAGUCAGAGUGGACAUUUUCUACGAUGAAAGUGGCGAUAUUACGUCCAUUCCAGGUGCCAGUGUUGUCCGUCCUUUAGAUUUCCAGAUGACCUCUAAUUGUGCAGUAAGAGAUUCUUGGGCAAUGGCAGUUUGUGAUGAAGAAUAUGCACAGCUUGCGAUCAGGGCUGAAAAGGACGAGACCGUGACAUUGAUGAGAUCUGAUGACGUCACGAACCUCAGGCAAACAUCAGACGACGAAGGUUCUGUGUCAGCUUUCAACGUCAUCUUAGGAGGAUUCUACAUGUACUUAGCAAAGUUCAAUUACGACAUAGCAGACAGCUUUUCACUAGCUGGUCUUGGCCUUGACAAGGGUAACGACAUCAUUGUUGGCGUGUGUGUUCCAAAGGACAUGACAUUCAAGCUCGUCUAUAAAACUCCUGAACGCAAGAAAGGAUCAUCCGUAGACAGCUUAUCUGCAUUAAAGUCGGACACCACUGGGUCAAAAUACUUUUUCGAUGACGAAGUUGGGUUGCGUGAUAUUCGUGAAAAUAAUGACAACAGAGACGUUCUCGACUACAACACUAAGACUAAGAAAUUGUCCAAACGGAAAGUGUCCAACUGCCGUUAUAAAAAAUAUUGUGACUGA